AUGGCGCGCGACAAGGAGGCCGUGCCGGACGAGGUGCCCGACGACGGCCUGUACCGCGGCGCGAGCAAGCAGAAGAACCAGGUGCCGAGGGCGACUGGGCCGGUCAAGGGCGGGCCGGGCAACGUGCGCACCAUCACGCUCACCGACUACCAGCCCGACGUGUGCAAGGACUACAAAGAGACGGGCUUCUGCGGCUUUGGCGACACGUGCAAGUUCCUCCACGACCGCGGCGACUACAUGCACGGCUGGCAGCUCGACAACUCGUUCCUGUCGAACUCGACCGCGUCGGGCUCGUUCAUGGCCAAGCAGCGUGCGCGCGACGGCGGCGACGCGGCCGACUCGGACUCGGACUCGGACGCCGACGACUUGCCGUUCGCGUGCUUGAUCUGCCGCAAGCCGUUCGGCAACGAGCCUGUCGUGACGCUGUGCGGCCACUAUUUCGACUCGACGUGCGCCAUCAAGCGGUACGCCAAGACGGGCAAGUGCUUCGCGUGCGGCGCGGCGACGAACGGCGUGUUCAACCGGUGCGCCUCUCUCUCUCUCCCUCUCUUGGGCUCUCAGACACGACCCUGA